UUACAAGAGGAUUCAGAAUACCUUUUCAGCAACGAUGCUGCCGAUGUCGAUGCUAUAAUGAACCAACUCCCAUCUAUCCUGCGGCCCGCCGUGCGCAAAGGGCCUCGGUAUUCCGUCCGCCCGUUUUACACUACUCUCUUGGUAUUCGGGGUCCUUGUGGCACUUUGUUGUGCUUUGCGUAGUAAUGUAAUUGGUCGAUACCCUCGAGGUACCACUCAAAAUGUGUUCCUGGCCAGGCGAGAAGACGCCCCAGAGUGCCGUCAAGUUCGCGAUGUUAAGGACCAAUGCGCUUAUAUCCUUACCAAUUGCCCCGACCACGAAGACGGCCUGCUGUCAUACCUGCAACUCUACUACUGCACAUUGGCAGAUGCGAAACCGCUAGCGUUCAUCAUCCUCAUACUCUGGCUGUCGCUUCUUUUCAGCACAAUUGGCAUAGCAGCCAGUGACUUUUUGUGCAUUGACCUGAGCACACUGGCAAGCAUUCUAGGAUUGAGUGAAAGUCUUACCGGUGUUACCUUCCUCGCGUUUGGCAACGGCAGUCCCGAUGUCUUUUCUACAUUUGCCGCAAUGCGGUCAAAUAGCGGUAGCCUGGCGAUUGGCGAGCUGAUAGGGGCAGCCAGUUUCAUCACCUCGGUUGUGGCUGGCUCCAUGGCUUUGGUUCGACCUUUCAAAGUCGCACGGCGGAGUUUUGUCCGAGAUAUAGGGUAUUUCGUGGUUGCUGUCACUUUCAGCAUGUUCUUGUUAGCUGAUGGCCGACUUCAUGUAUGGGAGUCAGCUGCCAUGGUUGGACUAUAUGUAUUUUAUGUCAUGAUGGUGGUAACUUGGCACUGGUAUUUAGUCCGGCGCCGCCGAAAGUACGAGAGGGACCUUGCGGCGCGCACACAUUUUCACAUCCCAGAAAAUCAAGAAUUGGAUAUUGAAGAGCCUGUGGAGGAUGACGAUCCUGGGGUUGCCUCAGAAUCACGGAGUCUGCUUCGUGGAGCAUCGACCGAUGAUUUUGAUCUUUUGGAACGGGCCGAGGCUGUUCCCGUUUGGAAAGAAGAAGAAGACGAGGAUGACGAAACACGCAACCGUUAUCUGGCCGAAAUCAGCAAUAACAUGCAUGUUUAUCGUCCGCCCAAUCGGUCCCGACGAAACACGAUGAACAUUCGACCCAGUCUCGUUGGAGCACUUGAAUUCCAGUCUGUGCUCCAGGCGCUUCAGAAUUCCAGGAGCACGAAUCGCAAUCCAACUAUCAGCCUGAGUAGCUACUCAGAUGACGGCGAGAACUCUCAAGCCUUCGACACUCGGUCCAUUGCAUCGCAUCCUCGGGCUAGUAGACCGCCUGCUACCAACGACCGCCUGUCCCCGCAAAGUGCAGGCUCUUCUAGAGUUCGUGCGGUGUCAGCUAAUGAUGCUGAUGGCUUACAUCUUGACACCAGUGUAUUAGGCCGCCAUGCAGAUGAAACGCCACGCCUGACUGUGAGGCGGCCUUCCAAUGAAGCUGGUGAUGGGCCACUGGUACCUCCUGAGUUGCCCCGUAUAGAUACUAGUGCUGAACUGACGGCAUCGCCAUCCUCUUCCGUCUUGUCAUCCCCAGUGGAAGCAGCGCCCCUAACUCCAGACCUAUUGGCUCCCCCAGGAGCAUUCCAUUCUCCCAAUUAUCACAGUGCCGCAACACAGGAUCGAUCCCCCGCUCCCGUAUCCCCACGAGGAGGCUCUAGUCUUCGAAAUGGAGUUCUACCAGAGAGCCCCUCUGCACCUUUCCCCGCGUUCAUUGAUAUUCAACCUGGUCCAUCCUCUCGUCCAUCUAGCAUUCGACUUCCCUAUCAAUCAAGCCCGUCGGAGCCUUUUUUAGUUCGUGACAGCAUGGACGACAUAAACACUGGCAAUGACACCUUGUUUUGGAAUUAUUUGAAGCGGUGGUGGCCUUACUCGAUCUUUCCUCCUCCUUCGCAUAUCGGUUGUGCCCUUUUUCCAACCCUGGCUGGAUGGAAGUCGAAGGGUAUCCUGAACCGAUUCCUGGGGAUCAUUGCUGCGCCCAGUGUAUUUCUCCUUACCAUCACUAUCCCAGUCAUUGAACCUCAAGCUCCUGAAUCCACGGAGCCAGACCUUAUCCCCGCCGUGGUCAUUGAUGAAAUCAAUGAUGACCAUACUGCACCGCGCGUGAGGCUACCAGCUGAUAGUCCCGUACUUUCGCCUAUUCUGCAUAGUCACCAUGAUUCCGUGCCCCAUCUGUCAGUGUCACAUUCUCAUCGCAAGUCAACCAUUCAGGACCGAACUAGUCGUCCGCGCUGGGACUCGGAGCUCCCGGCCGCCCCACCGGUCAUGACUGAUCCGUCUACGCCAUGUAGAGAAUGGCAUCGCUGGCUUGUUAUCAUACAGCUUUUUACUGGCCCCUUCUUCUUUGUCCUCAUUGCAUGGUCAACAUUGGAUGAAGAACUAAAUCCUCGAAAUCUUCUUCUUCCAUCCCUGGUUUCCCUUUUGUUCUCCUUCAUAUUUCUCUCGCUUCUCCUCCUCACAACCCGGCGUCGUCCUUGGCACCGACAGGCCUUCAACCCAUCCAAUCCCCAGCGCCAUGGCUCGCUCGAGGUGAAUUCACCCCUCUCUCUCCCAUCCUCAUGGAGACCUUUUCUCUCUCUACUUGGAUUCCUGGUUGCCAUCUCCUGGAUUGCAACGAUCGCAACAGAGGUGGUAUCUCUGCUGAAAACCAUCGGCGUCAUCCUCGAUAUCUCAGACUCGCUGCUAGGCUUGACCGUCUUUGCCGUGGGCAACUCUCUAGGCGAUCUUGUCGCGGACAUUACCGUGGCCCGACUUGGAUACCCUGUCAUGGCCCUCAGUGCGUGCUUUGGCGGUCCAAUGCUUAACAUCCUGCUUGGAAUUGGCCUAGGAGGUCUCUAUAUGACACUGAACGGGGGCAACACCCGACAACAUGACGAGAUUAUUGGCAAAGUCGUGUCAGAGUCAGCUUCUUAUGAGAUCGCGAUAUCUAAGGUACUGGUCAUCACUGGCGCGACCCUUCUGCUGGUUCUAGUUGGACUUUUGAUUAUUGUCCCUUUGAAUGGUUGGCGAAUGGAUCGCAAGAUCGGGUGGGGCCUCAUUGCCGUGUGGUGCGUGAGUACCGUGGGAAAUGUGGUUGCAGAGAUUGUAUGGUCAUGA